GCAGUAAGCAAGUUGUAGUAAAAGUAUGAGUGUAAGACCUCCCCUACUAAUAAACUAGCACAAGAAGCAGACAGUUCUAACUAGAUACCACCUCUCUGCUCUACAACAUUUAAUAUUUGGCAAUAUAUAACAUCAUCCUCAUCAUUUUCAACACCACCACCGCAACCACCGUCCUCAUCACAAACUACAGACACUCCGGCGAAGAAAAAACUGCACUAAAAUGAAGGAGAAGAGUGAGAGUGGAGGAGGCUAUGUGAGAGCAGAUCAAAUAGAUCUGAAAAGCUUAGAUGAGCAGCUGCAGAGGCAUCUGAGUAGAGCAUGGACUAUGGAGAAGAACAGCAACAGAAAAGAUAGUGAAGAAUCGGCCAUUAGUCAAAGACCUUUGAGCAGCAAUAACAGUAGUGUUACUAGGCAAGAAUGGGAGAUUGAUCCUUCUAAACUUGUUAUCAAAGGUGUUAUUGCUCGUGGUACUUUUGGUACUGUUCAUCGUGGUAUCUAUGAUGGCCAAGAUGUUGCUGUUAAACUUCUUGAUUGGGGGGAGGAGGGUCACAGAUCAGAUGCUGAAAUAGCUUCACUUAGAGCAGCUUUUACACAAGAAGUUGCUGUGUGGCAUAAACUUAGUCAUCCAAAUGUAACUAAGUUUAUUGGGGCAACUAUAGGGUCAUCGGACUUGAACAUACAGACAGAGAAUGGUCAUAUUGGGAUGCCAAGUAAUAUUUGUUGUGUUGUUGUCGAAUAUUGUCCCGGAGGAGCUUUAAAAUCUUACCUCAUAAAGAACAGGAGGCGGAAGCUGGCGUUUAAAGUGGUUCAUCAACUAGCACUUGAUCUUGCUCGAGGGUUGAGCUAUCUCCAUUCUAAGAAGAUUGUCCAUAGAGAUGUAAAAACAGAAAAUAUGCUUUUGGACAAAACACGGACAGUGAAAAUAGCCGACUUUGGUGUUGCUCGCAUGGAAGCAUCAAAUCCUAAUGACAUGACAGGAGAAACCGGAACGCUUGGAUAUAUGGCACCUGAGGUUCUCAACGGAAAUCCGUACAAUAGAAAGUGCGAUGUCUACAGUUUUGGUAUCUGCUUAUGGGAGAUAUACUGCUGCGACAUGCCUUAUCCAGAUCUCAGUUUUUCAGAAGUCACGUCGGCUGUUGUCCGACAGAAUCUCAGACCAGAAAUACCGCGAUGUUGUCCAAGCUCCAUAGCAAAUGUAAUGAAGAGAUGCUGGGAUGCCAAUCCCGACAGGCGGCCAGAGAUGGAAGAGGUUGUGAUAUUGUUAGAGGCCAUCGACACCUCAAAGGGUGGAGGUAUGAUACCUGGUGAUCAACCUCAAGGUUGUCUUUGUUUCCGUAGGAACCGAGGGCCAUAAAUGUUGCAAGGAUUAUCGGAUGCUGAGUUCUGAGAUCAAUAUCGAGUAUCUUAAUUUCGUUGAAGACAUCGGAUUAAAAAGCUACCGCGGAGGCUAUAGGUUUAGGAGGGAGCCCUGCGGUAUGCACUUCUGUAAAGCUCUUGUUUCAAUUUUAACGUUGUUGUUGUUCUGUUUUGUAAGAACUCUCUGCAUCUAAUUUGAGUGGCCAUUCAUAGUUUGGAUGGGCUGAAGACAUUAGGAGAGUGCAUUCAGUAUAAUGACCCCUUCAUAUCAGAUUUUAUAAAUACUUUAUUUUGAUGA